AAAUCUGGCAUGUUUACUUUGUGUUAUAGAACUUACAAAUGAACAUGGUAUUUGGAUUAAGAAAAAGUUUCAAGUCAAGAAAAAUCUGUCACCCUUUAGGUUGAAUUGAUCAUUCUCGUACGCGUAAACCGGCGACGACGUCGCAUCUCCUGAAGCUUCGUUUGAUCCGCGAGACGCACCACAGCCGCGCACUGCUGCUGUUUCCUCUUUUCUGCACAACCUGCGACGCUUCUUGGCCAAUUAGAUAUAAAUAAGACCACUGUCAUAAGCAACUGCCGUAGUCCCAAACGUAGCCACAGCCUAGAACGAUCGCGCCAUCGUGUGGCGAUAUCCGUGUCCGACCGGUGGAGUAAUACCUAGUAGUGGGCGAAGUGCUUCUAGUAUCCGCUUACCUGAGCAUCCGAGCAUUACGGAUGUGCAAGGUGGUUCCUACGAGAAGGUGUGAAAUCUGAUCAGAUCAUCUGGGGUUGCUUGAAAAAAGGUGAUCCGUGAAAAGAAGAGCGAAAACUGUUCUCGCACUGCUGCUGCUGCGUGGAUCACGUUGGCGGAAGAACAAACAGACUGAAGUGAUAAUAGCUGGCGUUAGGUUGUGUAAUCGAUAAGAUCGGGGAAGAACUGAAAGUGAAAUUUAUUGCUGCUUGAAAGCCAUAACCAAUCGACGAAGAUGAAUAUCGCCGCCUUAAUAUUUGUUGCCCUGGUGGCAGCUUCACAAGCUCAACAAUUCAACGGUUACUACUACCCAAAGCCCAGCUGCGACUUUGGUGUACCGCAAACAGUGUAUGUUACCCGAACUCUAACCGAUUACCAAACCCGUACCGAAACCGUUCCAGGAGGAAUCCAAUAUGAUGAGCAAACCAUCACCCAAUACUCGUCGAUCUACAUAACAUCGGCCUACACACAAACUGUUCCGAUUUAUCAAACCUUGACUAGAACUAACACCUUCACUGUAACAGCCCCUCCACCACCCCCACGUGUACAAUAUAGCACUAUCACGCUUCCUCCGGUCGUCUCGACUUACACUUCAACUUACAUUCAAGCUACUCCUGUUUAUCAGACCAUCCGAGACGUUAGUACCGUCACCCUACCACCUCAAAUUUUACCCGCACAAACCUACUAUGACACCGUAUCAAUCCCUCCAGUUACCAGAACCUCAACCGUUGUUCGUACUAGCACCGUUCCAGUUGUACAAACUGUGCGUGACGUUGUUACUGUAGCUGCUCCUCCAGUAACUCUUCCCCCUCAAGUUGUCUACUCCACUGUACAGUUGCCUCCUCAAUAUCUCACUUCUACUCAGUACAUCACCUCAACGAAACCGGUAGUCCAGACCAUCCGUGAGACAAUUACCCGACCUGCCGUCACUCUUCCAGGACAAACCUACUAUAAUACUAUCACUCAGCCUCCAGUCACCGUUGUUUCCACCGUAGUAAAUACCGUUCCUACCCCCGUCUACCGCACCAUCACUAACACCCAAACAGUCACUCUGCCACCACCACCUCCACAAUACCAAACCAUCUAUUCCACUGUAACUCUCCCUGGUCAAGAUCAAACCAUUACAAACUACCGUACGACCACCCUCCGAGAUGUCCAGUACCUCACCCGAACCGUAACAAGCACUCUUCCUGGAGUGCAGUACGAUGCACAGACCAUUUAUUCCACUGUGACGCUCCCAGCUGUCACAAAGACCUUCUGUGGACCGGAAAAUACGUAUCUUCCCGCAGCAAACGACAACACCAUCAGCAAAAGUGGAUUUGGAGGUUUCAAUAGGCAGUACAACCGUUUCUUCUAAAUUAGAUGAUAGCGACUUAGGAUGCUGUAAAUAAAAUACUCUUUGUAAACUGCCAGUAGACCAGAACGGAAAGAAAAACUCUAAAUGUAAAUAAGUGCAUGAGGAAUUUGGACAAUUUCAAAUUGCAAACGAACUAAGAUAGUAUACGAAUAAAUAAAUGAAUUGAGCGAAAA